UCGCGCCGCAGCCACACCAAGAAGAGCAACGAGCCGUCGCCGUCGCCGCCGGCCAAGCCCGCCGCCAUGAAGACCAAGUUCUGCCUCAACUGCCAGAAGGACCUGGCGCGCAACAUCCGCAUCACGUGCGCCGAGUGCGCGUCGCAGCCGCCCUUCGAGCUCUGCGUCGAGUGCUUCGCCGUGGGCAUCGAGCUGGGCGCGCACAAGAAGAGCCACGCCUACACGGUCUCGGACUGCCUGGCCUUCCCCAUCGUGCACGAGCCGCAGCCGGCGGACGGCGCGUCCUCCACGGCGGCGGCGGUCGCAGUCGGCACCAACGCCGCGGCCUUCCCCACGGCCAGCGCCGACGCCGCCAGCGCCGUGUGGACGGCGGACGAGGAGCUGCUGCUGCUCGAGGGCAUCGAGAUGUUCGGCAUGGGCAACUGGAAGGACAUCGCCGAGCACGUGGCCACAAAGAGCGACAAGAAGUGCGAGAAGCACUAUCUCUCGGCCUACUUGGGCUGGAAGGACCUCAUGCCGCGCUUCAUCGGCGACGCCCUGGAGGAGAGCAAGGACGAGGAGCCCGCGGACGAGCAGAAGCAGGCCUCGACCGACGAGAAGGCGGCGGAGAUGAAUGCCGCCUCGGACAGUGUGCUCCGAGGCCCGCCUGGAGAGCGGAACGGACCGAGUCAGCUGGCCGGCUACAUGCCUCUGCGCGGGGACUUUGAUGUCGAGUACGACAACGAGGCGGAGAUGAUCCUGGCCGACAUGGAGUUCUCCGAAGGUGACCACCCGGCCGAGCGCGAGUUGAAGUUGAAGGUCAUUCAGAUUUACAACCAGAAGCUGGAGAAGCGAAUCGAACGCAAGAAGUUCGUGGUGGAACGCGGAUUGCUCGACUAUAAGCUGCACCAGCACACGGAACGCAAGCGGCCGAAGGAGGAACGCGAGCUGCUGGCUCAGGUGCGGCCCUUCGCGCGGUUCCAGUCGCCGGAAGAGCACGAUAACUUUGUCGAGGGUUUGAUUGCGGCCAUGCGACUCAAGAAGCAGAUCCUGCUGCUGCAGGAGUACCGCAAGAACGGCGUGCGGACGCUGGCGGAGGCGGAGCUGUACGACGCGGACAAGAAGAAGCGUGAGUUGGACCAGGCGAUUCAGAAGCAGCGUGAUAGCGCCUCUUAUUUAUACGAGUCCGGCCGGACGUCUUCGAGCGGACGCGAUCGCGCCAACCGCUGGCAGAACAGAGACCAAGGAGCGAAUGGCGAUGCUGGUGGCGACAACUCGAGGACACGAGGGGCUGCAUCGGGUGCAGCUGGACUCAACGCAAUUGCGGCUACCUAUUCCGUUGAAGGCACGCCCGGUUGCCACUUGCUUACCCCGAAGGAGAAGGAGCUGUGCAGCAAGCUGAAGCUGCUGCCCAAGCAUUAUUUGGUCAUCAAGGACGCGCUGGUUCGCGAGUGCUUCCGCUUAGGCUACCUGACCAAGAAGAUGGCCAAGGAGACUGUUCAGAUAGACGUGAACAAAACCGGUCAGGUCUACGACUUCUUCGUCAAGUGUGGCUGGGUCAAGUCAGAGAACGCCACGCCCACGGUUUCGGCGUCGCUCAAGAGUAAAAGCCCCAAGAAGGGCAAGAAGCCGGCCGAGGCCGCCCCAGUAAUAGCAAAGAAGGAAGCGCAGUCCGUGACGAGCCCGAAGCCCGUGACGCCGGCCAAGCGCAAGGCGGCUGAGAUGGAGGCGGGCAGCGGCACCAAAUUGUGAGCAGAACCUCGCUUUAAUGUUAAACCGCAUUGUGCGCACC